CCUUCCAGGGCUCGGCUGCGUGUACGGAAGCCGCGCGGGGGUUGAACGUGGUCCGUCUUGGUGUCCGGGCAGUACAGGAGGCGGUGAUGGCUCCCAAGGGCGGCAGUGGCGGUGCUCGGCAGCAGUCGGAGGAAGAGCUGCUCCUGCAAGACUUCAGCCGGAACCUCUCGGCCAAGUCGUCGGCGCUCUUUUUCGGCAACGCCUUCAUCGUCUCGGCGAUCCCUAUCUGGCUGUACUGGCGGAUAUGGCACAUGGAUCUUGUUCAGUCUGCAGUCCUCUACAGUGUGAUGACCCUUGUCAGUACAUAUCUGGUUGCUUUUGCCUACAAGAACGUAAAGUUUGUUCUUAAACACAAAGUAGCCCAGAAGAGGGAGGAUGCUGUUUCCAAAGAAGUGACUCGGAAACUUUCUGAAGCAGACAACAGGAAGAUGUCACGGAAGGAGAAGGAUGAGAGAAUUUUGUGGAAGAAAAAUGAAGUGGCGGAUUAUGAAGCAACCACAUUCUCUAUCUUUUACAACAAUACCCUCUUCCUCGUCUUGGUCAUUAUUGCCUCCUUUUUUAUGCUGAAGAAUUUCAACCCCACUGUAAACUACAUCCUGUCCAUCAGUGCUUCGUCUGGAUUGAUUGCUUUGCUGUCGACAGGCUCCAAGUAGAUGGAAUUGUUUGGGAGGAUGAGUUGUCAACAGUGGUGCACAGCUGUAUGAAGAAGGAGGGGUUUUUUUUACAGCUGGAAAACAUGAGUUAUUUUUUCUUUUUUACAAAUAGAAAGCAGGCUGGAAAUAGCAAUUCAGAUUCUAUCUUAACUCCACAAGGACAAGCACACCGGGUGUUCCAAUGUGGACCCAAUUAUAUAUUUCUUUAAAAUACAUCACAGUGAAACUUCUGCAGCAUGUUGCAUUCAAGGAACAUCAACUGAAAGACACACAAACUGUGUCUCGCAUUCUGUAUGGGAAAGCUCAUCCAUAUAUAUUUGCCGACUUUUCCCUCUCAGUGAAACAAAUCUUGUUGGUGGCGAGAAGUGACCACGUUUCAUAGUGUUUUCUAACCAUGUUUCAAUAAAAUCUUUAAAAAUUG